CAAGGUUCUUUGUGUAAUUAUUGUGUAAAGUGUGGGUUUUUGCUGGAAAUCUUUGUCUAUAAAUACACAUAAUUCAUCUCUGAGCUUCAAUCCCACUUGGUCUUAACGUUCGCUAUUCAAUUCAAGCUCUCUCUUUCUUCACCAUUGUCUUUAAUUUCUUCUGUAUUCUCCGGUUCAGUGAUCCAUGCUGAUCGGCGUCGGCUCGACUCUUCCGGCUCAGAACUUGAACGUCAUCCACGCCAGGCGAGCAAGCUUCAAGUGCCAUAGAUCACCUCUAAACCCAUCUUCUCAAAAGCCCGUUUCGAGUGUUUCAUCGGCAUCAUCUACUGAGUCAACUCGGGAACACCUUUCAAACCUUGAAAAACUCCUCCAGCAAACAAACCAACCGAAACCGGAACCAGCCAUCAAAGGUUCCAGCAAUGGGUUGAUCCAACCCAAAGGUAGAGGCUUACAGGAAGGGCUAAAUCUGUCCAGGAUUUGGCCGGAAAUGAAAGCCGCCGAAGAUAUGUCUCCGAGCCACCUGAAUAGGCUGAAGAGGCUUUUAUCUAAAACCAUGGAGUAUUCUCCGAGGAACGACCUCGGUUCUCGCUGGAGAGAGUACCACGGUUGCAAUGAUUGGUCCGGUUUACUCGACCCGCUCGACGAGAAUCUCCGGCGAGAAGUCGUUAGAUACGGUGAGUUCGUUCAAGCGGCUUACCACGGUUUUCAUUCGAACCCGGCAAUGUCGACCGACGACGAGACUCCGUUGCCGAGGCACGUGGCGUUGCCCGACAGGUCUUACAAAGUGACGAAGAGUCUUUACGCCACGUCAUCGGUCGGGUUGCCGAAAUGGGUCGACGACGUGGCUCCAGAUAUAGGGUGGAUGACCCAGAGGUCUAGUUGGAUCGGGUACGUAGCGGUUUGCGAUGACAGGAGGGAGAUUAACCGUAUGGGAAGGAGGGAUAUCGUUAUCGCUUUACGUGGAACCGCUACGUGCCUCGAAUGGGCUGAAAAUCUUCGAGCUCAACUGGUUCAAAUCCCCGGAUCUAAAGAUCCGACCCGAAGGGUCGAAUGUGGGUUCUUGAGCUUGCAUAAAACACGUGGCGCUCACGUACCAAGCUUGGCCGAAUCAGUGGUCCACGAAGUGAAGAGGUUGAUGGAGAUGUACGAAGGUGAAAGCCUUAGCAUUACGAUCACUGGGCAUAGCCUUGGCGCAGCGUUAUCGCUCUUAGUUGCCGACGAGAUAAGUUCAUGCACGCCCGACGCCCCACCGGUAGCAGUGUUUUCUUUCGGCGGACCUCGAGUCGGUAACAAGGGCUUCGUCGAUCGACUCAACGAGAAAAACAUUAAAGUGUUGAGAAUCGUUAACAACCAAGAUCUGAUCACUAAAGUUCCGGCCCUUCCAAGCUUGUUCAUCCGCGAAGGAUCCGAACAACAACAACAAAAAGAUCAUCUCUGGACGUAUUCUCACGUCGGAACAGAACUACGAAUCGAUACUAAAAUGUCGCCUUAUUUAAAAUCAAAUGCCGACAUCGCAUGUUGUCAUGAUUUGGAAGCUUAUUUGCAUUUGGUGGAUGGGUUCUUGUCGUCAAACUGUCCGUUUAGGUCGAACGCAAAGAGAAGUUUAGCUAGAUUACUUCAUGAUCAAAGAUCGAAUGUAAAACAAUUAUAUACACACAAGGCCUUGAGCUUGAACCUCGACAGGGACAUGUUUAGCUUCCCUAUGGCAAGUUGUUUGCCGAGUCCAUCCCAAUAAUAAGCAAAGCUUAUU